AUGACCGCCGAGGGUUGGAAUCGCCACUCCACAGAGGGCUGGCGUCGAGGGCAGCUGGAGAGUUUAAAGCUCAUGAGCAAGAGCCAGGCAGCGUUACUUCGCGCGUACGCUGUCGAUCGGAUCCACGAGAGAGACUCGCUGGUAGAGGCAGCCCUGGCUUUCGUCGUGAGCACCGCGGAAACGACGAGCAGCAUCGGAGGCAGUGGGUCGACAAGCGCAAAUGACGAGAACGGAUACGACGCGAAAGCAGUUCAGGAACUGCUGGAGUGGCGAGAACGGCUCGGGGAGGAAACAAAGAAUCUCGAUCUCGGUGAUGCCGUAGACGGUCGCCUGAGCGAAGAAUUGAAGCAUCUUAGAAAGGAGUGCCGUUUGCAGGCUCGGAAGCUUGAACUAAUGCAGCACAACCUGGAGACGAGAGAAGACAAAGAAAACGAGCUUAGACGCAAGCUUCGAAAGUCAGAGACUCUGUACUCUAAGCUGCGCGACCUUCUCCGGGAUGUGCGUGAAGAGCUCGCGGCGAGAGAAAAGGACGGAGUGGUGCCGAAAGAGGACUUUGAACACCUGUGUCAGAAGUAUGACAGAGCCAAGGCGAAGAUCCGAGCCCUGAAAGACGUGGCGGAGACGUUCUUGCCGGGGGACAGUCGAGACACGUCGCCCCUGCCAACGCCACGGCCUCGUGGAGACUCUUCACGGCCAGAAGACCAGGCAAAAGGCGCAGGAGGAAAUAUUGAUCCUACCGAACUUCUUCAUGGCGACCGUGUCAGCAAUGCUACGGGGGAGGCUCGCAACGAAGAGCCCAAGGCGGAUUCGGCAAAGGCGGCCGACAGCGGCGGUCCAGUGGAGGGCAAGGCGGUCGCGUCGACAUUCGACGCCGCAGGUGGUGGUAAGGAGUCGUCGUCUUCGGCUGGCGAUGGUGGAAGCGACGGCCGUGACAACUCGGGGGAAGCGGUAGCGACAAAAGGCGAGGAGGACAACGGGGGAAACGGCGACGAAGCGGAGGAGGCUGCGAGCGUGGAGGUGGUGGUGGAAGAGAAGCGGCUGUUGCGGCUGGAGCUGGACGAAGCCAACAGGAAGAUGGAGAAGGCCAGACGAGGGAGGAAGGCCGCCGAAAAAGAAAAGGAGGGGCUAGUGGGGGCGAUGGCGACCGAACUGGGAGAGCUGGAGAAGGCGAAGGAUGGACAAAUUAGAGUGGCCAACCGGGAGUCUCGACUCGACGGAGUCGACGGCCUGGUGGCGGACAUGCGGAAGCAGUAUGCGCGCGAGUAUCGAGAGAGGCGACGCCUGUUCAACGUCGUGCAGGAACUUCGGGGCAACAUCCGAGUGCUGUGCAGGUGUCGGCCGCGGACGGCACACGAUAAGGGCGGGGGGGUCUGCGUGUCCUUCCCAGGGGAGGGGGGCAUCGAGCUGGUCAACGAGCGGGGCAAGAGAAAGGCAUGGAAGUUCGACCAGGUUUUCGGGUUGGAGGCCCGGCAGGAAAUGGUGUAUGCCGAGGUUUCUCCUCUCGUCAUCAGUGUCCUGGACGGUUACAAUGCCUGCAUCUUCGCCUACGGCCAGACCGGUACCGGUAAGACGUAUACGAUGAUGGGGCCGCCUCGCGAUCGCGGGGUCAACGCGCGCGCUCUGGGGGACCUGUUCUCUCGCAGUGCCGCACGGCGGGGAGAGGUGGACGAUACCAUCACACUCUCCAUCCUGGAGAUCUACAACGAGCACAUCCGCGACCUGCUAAUCGAAAGCACCGCCUUCGGAGGAGAGCAGCGAAAACUGGAGGCAAGCACAUGGGUUCGGCACGGAGAACGGGGCAACCACGUCCCGGGACUCACGACGGUCACGGUUUCUACCCUGGAAGAGGUGUUGAGGAUGCUGGCCAUCGCCGACAAGAACCGGGCCUCCGCCUGCACCAACCUCAACGACCACAGCUCGCGCAGUCACUUGAUUUUGUCUGUCAAUGUGGACGGAGUGAACAGGCACACCGGGGCGACAUCGGCGGGCCGAUUGCAUCUCAUCGAUCUGGCGGGGAGCGAACGCAUCAGCAAGUCUGGAGCGGCCGGCCAGGCGCUGAGAGAGGCACAGAAUAUCAACAAGAGCUUGAGUGCUCUCGGGGACGUGAUUGCGGCGAGGGCCUCCCGCCAAGGCCACGUCCCUUAUCGCAACUCAACCUUGACAUACCUUCUGCAGGACUCGCUGAGUGCCGACUCCAAGACCCUGAUGCUCGUGUGCGUGAGCCCGGUCGUGCAAAGCGCCGAAGAGUCCUGGUGUUCCCUCAACUUCGCCGCCAGGGUUCGCACCGUGGAGCUUGGAAAGGCUCACAAGCAUGGCGCGAGCGGGGCGUCCGCUUAA